AUCCGGAGCGUACACACCAAGGUCCAAGGCUAGCUAGCUCUACAAAAACUGCACGGCGGGGCCUCUCACUCCGCAAGCUAUCACAGCCCUGAACCUGAAGCAUCGGUCGAGUUAGUUUUGGUGAUCUGCAUUGCAGAGUUGCGGCAAUGGUGGCUCAGGGAAGAGGCGGUGCGGCCACCGGUCUGGUCGCCGGCGUCGUGCUCCUGUGCGUGCUCCUUCCAAUCACCGGCGCGGCCGCGAUGGCGCGGCAGGCGCCAAGGACGUACGUGGUCGGCGACGACAAAGGCUGGGGUCGCGACCUCAACUCAUGGUGGCCGAAGGACAAGACCUUCUACGCCGGCGACGUGCUCGUGUUCAAGUACGACAAGGAGCUCCACGACGUGACAGUGCUGGGCGGCAAGGGGUACCAGCGGUGCGAGGUGCCGAGGCACAGCAGCAAGAGCUGGGUGAUGCGCACCGGGAACGACCAGGUCACGCUGCGCAGGGGCAACAACUACUUCAUCUGCGGCCUGCCGGGCCACUGCGACAAGAACAUGAAGCUCGCGAUCAAGGCCUGGUAGAUCCAUCGAUCCGGCCGCAUCAUCAUCAUCAAUCCUUUGAGGAUUGCAUGCUUGGCCUGGCCGUCGUUUAAUUGUCCGUGCCUUGCUGGGUUCUCGAGUUAAUUUAUAAUUUAUUUGUCUCUCGAAUUGGGGGUCACUUGUAUUAGCAACCUAAUUUAUUGUGGAUAAUGUGUGUCUUCAUCGAGUAAACUUGACGUUUUCUCUAUGUUA